GUGAGCUCUUUAAUGUCAUUUACAAGGAUUUCCCCUGUAGCGUGACAGAGUCAGUGAUCUUACAUUCUCUGCGUCCGUUCGCUUCUUGCCUGUUUCCAUUUGUACAAUUGUGUGUUUGUCCAUUGAUUAUUGCUCGUGCGGUGCGGAGCCGUGUCCAUUCAGCUAAAGAUUUCAGAUUUCGCCCGUGUCCCUUUAGGCUUCAGCCUCCCACAUUCAGGGGACAUUUUCCCUCCUGACUGCGGCCAGAGAUUGUGCUCAUCAUGUCUGAUAAACCAAACAACUUCCCACCUCUUCCCCGCUUCAUACCUCUCAAGCCUUGUUUCUACCAGGAUUUUGACACUGACAUCCCAGACCUGCACCGGACCACUGCCAAACGUCUCUACUACUUGUGGAUGUUGAAUAGCAUCACUCUGGGAGUGAAUCUGAUUGGUUGCCUGGCGUGGUUGAUUGGAGGAGGCAGCGCCACUAACUUUGGCCUGGCAUUUCUGUGGCUCAUCCUUUUUACUCCCUGUUCCUAUGUCUGCUGGUUCAGACCUAUUUACAAAGCUUUCAAGACAGACAGCUCAUUUAAUUUCAUGGCUUUCUUCUUCACAUUUACCGCUCAGCUGGUGAUCAGUAUAAUCCAAGCUGUUGGCAUCCCGGGCUGGGGUGUUUGUGGUUGGAUUGCUUCAAUCAGUUUCUUUGGUACAAAUGUUGGAUCUGCAGUAGUAAUGCUGAUCCCAACCAUCAUGUUCACCGCUGUGGCUGUCCUCUCCUUUGUGGCGCUGACUAAGGUUCAUAGGUUUUACCGGGGUGCUGGAGGUAGUCUGAGCAAGGCUCAAGAGGAAUGGACAACAGGGGCUUGGAAAAAUCCUCACGUACAGCAGGCAGCUCAGAAUGCCGCCUUUGGUGCCACACAAGGUGCCAUGACACAGAAUGAGCCUCAGUACUCGGCAACACCAAAUUACGGCUACUCUAACGAAAUGUAGGGCUGUAAGAACCAGUAAACAUACAUUCCUUGGGGCAAAAGGUUCUUUCCUACCCCCUGUGCCCUAGUAGCUAAGAUGUCUUUUCAGUCCUCCUGUUUACCUUUUAAUAUGGUGCGUUAGUAAUUGUGGUUGUAUGUGUGUGUCCCAGGGAGAAUGUGCCCCUACCUACAGCAGAGCUGGCUAACGGUAAUAUUACUGUUCAUUUGCUAAUUGUAGAAUUGAAAUGCUUUAAGGCAAAAGCAUUUUAUUUAAGGGGGCACUAUAGCUUAAAAUAUUCUUGGUGAAUUGGGCUUAGGACAAGGGAAUAUGAAUGCUGCAAAGUUUAUCGCCAUGCAAACUAUUAGAAACGUGAGUUGUCUGUGUGUAGCUUAUACCAUCAGACUUCUUGCUGUAGGUCUGCCUCUUUAGGGUCAUAUAAAGGAAUUGUAACAGAAUAGUAGCGCUAUUAGAGGUUAUAUCAAGACCCAUAACUGUUAAUGUUAGGCAAGCUAAGGCAGUUACUCCUUAAUAGAAAGUGAGUGGGGGAAAGCAAAAGGAAAGUUAUAUUCAAUAAACAGUUACAGAAGGAAAGUCAAAACUGAAGGUAUACAGGGAUUUUUAAAUGUGAUUUCCUAAGCAUAGACCUUUCAGUAUAUAAUGUAUAGAGUGUACUAUUAAGUAGUUUCAGAAGUGAAAUAGUUUGGGUUUAACUGGACACUGAAUUUACAUUUUAUUCCCCUGCAACAAAUGACAACAGGACUACAAUAUGGUGCUUUUCCUCCAUACAUAUAAACUCUGUGGGCCUUUAUUGUUUGUGCAGACAGCCUAGCUUAUUCAGCAAACCAGUUUGUUAAUGUGUUUGUUGUUAUGUCAGUGCAAUCACUGAUUAAAGUAACCUUCAAACGAAAUCCUCCUUAUCGAUUAACACUGUACAGUGUAGAUGAUAUUCAUUGUUGUGCUUUACAAUGACCCCACUGCUAUAGACUAUAUAACUGUAUAAGUAAUGGAGUAUUUUUCUACACUCCAGUAGUAAAGGAAGCUUUAAAUUAAUCUUAUUAAAGGAGGUUUGAUUUCAUAUUAACUACUUAAAUUAAUUUCCUCUAAUAUCAGCAAUAUGCUGCUGAAAUUAAAUUGCAUUAGUAAAUACAAGAUGCAAAAUCAUGACCUUUAAUAUUUUGUGUCUGUACAUCUGUAAGUAUGUAUAUAUUGUGGGUUAUUAAGAGAAAUGUACAAUAGGAAAUAUAUAUUAAUGAAAAGAAACAGCCCAAAAGGUGUUAUUCUUAUAAUGAUACAAUAUAUGGGAACACUGUAAACCUCAAAUGUGCAUGUUGGCAUACAAAAUGCUUUGGGAUGUGUCACUGCAAUGAUGUGCUGCAAAUAAGUCUGUUCUAGUCGUGGCUGAUGCAUACUAGAAUGAACUUGGCUUAUUUAUUUUUUUUAAUUAGACAACAUGUACUGAAGCACUAUAAUAAUGUGGAUUAUCAACCUGCUAUAUACUCCGAUUUGCAGUAAAAACAAAUUGGAUGGAAACACCGCUGACUCAUGUCUAACAUAAUUUUACCCUGCAACACAUAGUUCAUGUAUUUCUGGUGUGCUGGAUCUGUAUUUAGCCAUGAAAGCAGCAGUAAAAUCAAACAACAAAGUAUUAUGGUGAUUUUACACAUUAUCAUCCCACAACUUAACCAAAAGAGCAAUGGCAGGUAUAUAUGUUUGUGCCUUUGGUGCUGGUUUUCUCCAUUACUUUGACCAGAGACAAUUUCAGGCACUUGAUCUUAUGGGUUGUCUGGUAUGGCAUAUCCUUAUGACAGGUCUAUCCACUACAGGAGGUCCAUGGACUGGAUGCAGAUUAUGGCAGCCAGGCUGGUCAUGGAAAACAUAGAAAGCACUGCCCUAAGUCUGUAGCCGCACAGGAAACAAUUGGGGUCAUCUACUGAUGGUGAGGGUUGGUGCAAAGUGCAGAAAAACAGGCACUCAAGGCACCAUGUUUUUGCAGUUUGUACCCUGCCUCGCUGCCAGUGUCUGUAGCAGAAGGUCCUUGGAUUCAAAAUGGUUGCAGUGCUGCCUGCAUUUGGCAUGCUGUAUUCAUGAGGAGCCAAAUGGGGGAAGCACUUUCCCAGGUGACACCACCUCACCUGGCUGUAGCCUAACUGCUGCUAUUGGGGAACAGUAAAGAGCCCAUAAAGACCAUCACACCAUAUAGUCCUGACCUAAAUACACACUAUUCAUCUCAUACCCACAGUCACAGCUUCCACUGCUAGGAAUUCUAAGUUACCUAGAUGGAUAGGUUUAUUGUUAUGAUACCUAGGAACCAAUAUCUUGCACGUUUGUGUUUGUACAUUCUCUGUAAUUAUUGACUAUUGGUGCAAAUUAUGUAAAUGUAAUGUAAUUUAAAAAAAUAAAGGUGUUAAAAAUA